AUGGGCAAAUUAUCUCAGCUUGCCGCAGUCUUCUGGCUGUUGGCCGGGGCUUCUGCGUCCAUGUCCAAUGGGGUCAAUUGUUGUGCAGCUCUAUCGCGUCUUGAUGGACUUGGGGGAAAGAUUGCCUAUCCCAAUACCACACUUUACGAAGAGCGCCUUGAAUCAUACUAUUCAGCAAAUGCAGCGUUGACACCAAGUUGCAUGUUACUGCCCGAGUCCACGCAGGAUGUAUCGCAAUUUAUGCACAUGGUUUCCAGUCACCACUGUCCUUUUGGCAUCCGAAGCGGCGGACACUCUGCAUACAAAGGCGCGAACAGCGUGGACGAUGGGAUUACUCUCGAUUUCAGCUACAUGAACGAGACCACCUACGAUAUUAAAACGACCAUUGCGUCUGUUCAGCCAGGAGCCAGAUGGGGCGCUGUUUACAAUGCUCUCGAUCCCUUCGGCGUGACAGCUGUAGGUGGGAGAGCUGAUGUCGUCGGAGUCGGCGGUUUUAUCACCGGGGGUGGUUAUUCAUUCUACGCCGGAACAAUGGGUUGGGCAUGCGAUACUGUUCAUAAUUUUGAGAUUGUGCUCGCCAAUGGUUCCGUGAUUGACGUGAAUCAUGAUGAACACCAGGAUCUCUUCCAAGCAAUGAAAGGGAGCUCAGGCAACCUUGGCCUUGUUACAAGGGUUGACCUAAAUACAAUCAACUCAACCCAAAUUUGGGGCGGCUAUCUAACGUACGACUGGGCCGAUCGUGCUGCUGUUUUCGAUGCGUAUUAUUACUUCGCCGAGGACUUCGGCAAAGAUCCUGCAAGCGAAGCCAUUAUUGUUAUGGUCUAUGCAGCAGACAAUCUUUCCUUGUGGUCAAUUUUAAGCAAUACGCAAGCCGUGAUCGCACCGCCUGCUUUCAACAACUAUACCGCCAUCUCAAAUCUUUCAGACACCACCACCGUCGGUUCUAUCGCUGAGCUAGUACCCGAAUUUACAGGAGCGACCCCUCUUGGUGUAUACUCGAACUGGUUCAGCGGCUCGAUAUCCAAUGCCGUCGUCACAGAGUUCUUGGAGUUCUACUACCAAACUCUAACUGAAUAUAUCGACAAGAUGGAAGCAGUUAUAACUCACAACUCGUCGCUGAGUGUAGUCGGCAAUAUGCAGCCAAUCCCUCAAACAUGGGUGGAUAUCAGCAAAGAGAUGGGCGGAAACGUCCUGGGACUAGAUGAAUUGGUCCUGGACGGACCGCUGGCAGCCUGGCUCUUCUCGGUCACCGUGACAGAGAAGGAUGACCAGCCAGCGGUCUUGGAGCUUGCCGAGGAGUUUGUGAGUACCUUAGAGGCAUAUUCUGACUCCCUUGGUGCGAAUAAGAAUUGGCAUUACUUGAACUAUGCCUACAAAACUCAGGACCCUAUUGCUGGGUAUGGGGAUGAGGCCGUCGCCAAGAUCAAGGCUGCCUCGGCGGCAUACGAUCCUCACGGCGUGUUCCAGGAACUAAGGCAUUCAGGCUUCAAGAUACCUGUGUAG